AUGCAAAAUGAGAACCAGACGUUGGUCACUGAGAUCUUUCUCUUGGGAUUUCAGAAUCUCCACAACUUGAAGAUUCCCCUGUUCUCUCUGUUACUUCUGAUUUACAUUAUGACAGUUUGGGAGAAUGUUCUCAUCAUAGUGUUGGUGUCCUCCAGUAGAAACCUCCAGUCCCCCAUGUACUUCUUUCUCCAGCAGUUGGCUCUGACUGACCUACUGGAAUCCUCAACUGUUGCACCAACUCUCCUCAAUACUGUGAUACAUGAUGGAGCCACAAUGUCCCUUGCUGGUUGUGUUAGUCAACUCUAUUUUUUUGCUGUCUCAGAACGUUUUGAGUGUUUCCUUCUAGCAGUAAUGUCCUAUGACAGAUAUGUGGCCAUUUGUAACCCACUGUGUUACUGUUCUAUAAUGUCCCACAGGGUUUGUGUCAAAUUAAUUCUGAUAACAUGGGCAGUUAACCUCUUUCCUAUAAUAAAUAGCAUGAAUUUGAUAACUGCACUGCGGUUUUGUGAUCAAAAUGUCAUUAACCAUUUCUUCUGUGAUUUUUAUCCUCUUCUAGAACUUUCCUGCUCAAAUGUUUUAUUUGUGAAAAUAGAUCUAGUUAUACAGACUGUCCCUGUGGUUUUUUGCCCUUUUAUACUGAUCACUGUAUCCUAUAUGUGUAUUGCCCAUGAAAUCCUAAAGAUAGUGUCCAAUACCGGGAGACAAAAAGCCUUCUCCACCUGCAGCUCCCACUUGGCUGUGGUCUCCAUAUUUUAUGGGACUUUCAUUGCUAUUUAUGUGGUUCCCCCCAGGAAAGACUCACAGACCAUUAGCAAAGUUCUCUCUCUAUUAUACACUGUAGUGACCCCAUUGAUUAACCCCAUUAUUUACAGCUGGAGGAGUCAGGAUAUAAAGGAAGCCCUUAAAAGUAAAUUGUUGAUUGAACAUCCAUAG